AUGGCGUCCGCAAGCCUCGAUCAGCUGGUGAAAGGCGCCCCCGUUCCGAAUAAUCGACAUUCAACCUCAUCAACCGCUUCCUCCGAUUCUGUAUCCCCUCCUCCGAGGUCCUCAACAUACUCUUCCGCGCCGCGUCCCUCCACGCCGGAUCCGCUGGCUAGUCUGCCCUCGUCUCCGCCCCAAAUUUACCUGAAUCUCCUGAUCCUCGAGAGCUCCCUACGCGCUCAAUACCUGUCUCUGCGAGAGCGUCGUCGUCAAAACACCUUCUUCAUCCUCCUCCUGCUCCUUUGGAUCGCCUACUUUGCCUAUGCGCUGUUUCUCCGUCCGCGUGAGGAUGGGCGCGGGGUGGGAGGGUCAGUCUACUGGGUGGUCGAGAUGGGCGAGAAAGUCGCGCUGCUGGGCGGAGUGGUGACCGCACUGUUGGUCUGGGGCACGGGACAAUGGGAACGGGGGGUCCGUUGGCCACGGCGCUGGCUCGCCGUUGCCAACCGUGGUCUUCGCAACAUGAACACCAAGAUCGUCGUGAUCCGGGGCCCGUGGUGGCAGGAACUGCUUUCCUACCUGUCCUUUCUGUUCCCCUUCUCUGCCCCGUUCUUCCCGUCGCCCGCCGGCGAUUUCCACUACAUCGAACGCCCUGCGUCCGACAAGCGCGUCGGUGGUCGGCAGCACCACCAACCGUACUACAGCGUGGACAACGAAUCCGGCCUCGUGGAGGAAGACCUCAGUCCGGGCGGCGACUACAUCCGGCUCCUCCUCCUCCCCAAGUCCUUCUCGCCCGAGUUCCGCGAGAACUGGGACGACUACCGCACCGAGUUCUGGGAAAAGGAAAACGAGCGGCGCGCCCAACUGCGCGAGAAGCUGCGCCAACGGGAGCGCAUGCUGGCCAAGCAAGAGGGCGGCUGGUUCUGGUGGAUCGGAAUCGGCUGGAAAGCAUCGAAGCGGCGCCGACUCGCUGCCGCUACCCUCAGCGAGAAGGGCCAUCAUCCCCGUCACCACCACCAACACUCGAAUGUCUCGAGGCAUGCCCUCGAGCCCAAGUCGCCCGCCCGGCGUAGCACGCGCUCGGAGUCGCAUUCGCGCACCCCGUCGCGAAGCACCACCCCCGUCGACACCGAUGACAGGCCGCCGUCACGAUCCGGUGGCCGCCCCCGCCGCGGCAGCGCAAAUUCGUGA